ACCAACCUAAACCAUGGGCUAUCCAACAACUCCAUCAAUUGCAAAAACCAUUGUAUAAAGACCUCUCUAAAGACUCAAACUUUUAGACCCUGAGGCAAAAACAGCUUCAUUUCUCACUUGGAAGAAAAAAAAAUAACAUCAUGCUAGGCAAAAGACCAUCCAAACCGGUGAUCGGAAAACUCACCGGAGCAGCGUUUUCCGGUAGCCAGAAAAUAGAUGGUGCCACAAGUCCAAGAAGUCCACUAGAUUUCAAGAUUCAAUCACCAAGAGGCUUAAAAAACAUCGAUUUUGGUGGGGUUGGUUUAGCUAUUGUGGCUGCUCUAGAAAAAUCUAGUGGUAAUAAAGCUGUUUACAACAGGAAUUCAAAUAGAUCACUUCCAAUUCCGGUUAUUUCUUCAUCAAAGAAUAAUUCAACUAGGUAUACACCAAAGUUCGAGGAAACGGAUAUGGAUAGUAGUUUUGAAGAGUAUACUAUAGUAACUUGUCGUGCACCUGGUAACAAGGGGUAUACUAAGGUGUAUGGUGAUACAAGUAAAUGUGAAAAUAAAAGGGAGUUUCAAACUCCGGCAAGAAAAUGUAAUCGUCCAAGUGUUUUUAGUAUAUCUCCGGCGAGAAUUGGAGAUUUUCCGGCAUACCCUGAUUCUGAUUUUCUCAGUUCAUGUCACUUGUGUCAAAAGAAGCUACAUGGCAAAGACAUAUACAUGUAUAGGGGAGAGAAAGCAUUUUGUAGCACAGAGUGUCGGUACAGGCAAAUAGUGAUGGAUGAUCACAAAGAAAAGUGUAGUUCAGAAGUAGUUUCAAGAUCUGUUGAUGUUGCAAGCUCACCUUAUGGAAAUGGCCAAAUCUUUGCAACUGGAAUUCUGGCUAUUUAGUUAAGACUGAUCAAUAAAUUAAUAGCUAUUAUUAUUAUUAGUAUAUAUAGAAACAUUAGUACAUAACAUCUAUAUAUACUCGGGAAUACUUAAAACUUUUAUACAUAUGAGAAAUAGCUCUAUAUGGAGGACCUCCCUUUUUUUUUUUUUUUCUUUUUCUUUGGUGUGUACUUUCCCCAAUUUUGAUUUGGAUGUAGAAAUGGAAAGCUCAAAUGCAGCUAUGAAAAGUUUUGAACUA